UGUCGUAUUAUGAGCUGUCAUCUUGCCACUGCACAAUCCUGUAUGAAUGGAACUAUACAAAUAAAGUUUGAUCGAUCGAUUGAUUGAUUGAUAAUACAUGGUUCUACCAGGGAGCACUAUUUAUGGCUGUAAAAACGGUCUAUCCGCCCUGAAUGCAGCACGAAUGCGGAAAUUAAUAUUCCGGAAUAGGAUUAAAAAUAAACAUUACAAAAACACAAUUUUCUACAUGUUAAUUUAAAUAUACAGCAGAAUUUUAACGUAACAGUUCUCAUAAAAAAAAAACGUUGAAAGGCAGUGGACGAUAUUGUAAUAUUAGCAGUGACAGAAAAACGACUCAUGCUGCGUUCAAGACCAGGGUAAACUCGGAAAAUUCUUAAUGGGAACUUGUUACGAUAAACGUAUCACGUUUACGUGAUAAAUUCGGAAAACAACCCGCACAAGGAACACAUAACAAAGUUCUUGCAGAUCAUUGAAUGUACUUGUAUGUGUCGACUCGUGAGCUAUUAUUAAAUAAGACAAACGUCUAAACAAAAACUGUAACGCUGGAGACGUCACUUGUGUGUUAAGAACGUAAAUAUAUCACGUACAACAGCACAUUACUCGUUUAAAGUGAUUAAACCGCAUUCACAAUGCCACUGUCCCUUCCAGUCACGACAGAGGACGUCAUGAUUGUAGUUGCUAUGGUGUCAAGUCAAGGACCGGUAUUUUCGCGCGAGUUUUCCUAGCACCUUCUUUCCGUUAAGGUGCCUCACCACCACUUAUUAUUGGAGAGUGGAGCGGAGUUAAUACGACCGAUUCAAGCGUUUAAUAUUUUUUUUCGAAUUGUACUUUCCGACUUACCGCCGUGUCGUAAACGCAGCAUCGGCUCCAAACAGUCGUCACGAGCCAAAGGUCAGCCAAUCAGAUGAGCGGAAGUUUAACGUUGCGGUAAUCCGGUUCAGACAUGACAAGUGCGGCCGACUGAACCUGAACUCAGUCCCCUGAUUUUCUGCCCCGUAGGCUCCCCCAAAAAACUGCCUCCCCCCGUGCCUCUCCUCGCGCCGUCUCACCGCCGACCCGGACGUGAGCGCUUCCUGCCAUGGUGGACUGAGACGUGUUGGGUCCUUGUUCCUUUGUGAGCUAGUUUUUGGUCCGUUAGUCAGUCAGCGGUGAUGUUGUGUUCACGGGGCUGGAGGAGGAGAAGCAGCGGCGGCGGCAGCAGCGAGUAGCACUGACGCGUCUUCACCGCAGGCCGGGGACGAGCCUCUCGAGCCGAGCCCCGGAGGACCAGGACGACCAGAUGGGAGCCGGGAAAUCCUCCAGGAACUUGUGGUAACAGUCGGGUACUUGGACACGGUCAGUCUGCUCCAAACUGCCUCACCAAUUCCUGCUGAGAGUGAGACCCGAACAGCUUUCACGGUGGAAACGAGAAGAAGAGCAAAGAUGAAUGCUGUGCGGGGGGGCACAGUGACCUGGCGUCCCCAGCCGUGGCAGGACGGCGACGGGGGAGGAGGGGAGCCUCUGUCGGACAGCGACUCGGAGGAGGAGGACUUCCCCGACGACAGCACCACCCCGCUGGGCGACUACAUCACACAUGGACUGAAGCAGCUCCUGGAUGCUCAGCAGCUCUGCGACGUUACUCUACUUGUCGAGGGGAAGAAGUUCAUGUGUCACAGAGUCCUCUUGGCCGCUGUGAGCCCCUACUUCCGGGCCAUGUUCACCAGCCCCCUGGUGGAGUCCCGCCUCACCGAGAUCCGUCUGGAGGAGGUGACGCCAUCCGUCAUGGAGACGGUAAUCCAGUUUGUGUACACCGGCGAGGCGGGGCUGUCCCUGGACACAGCAGAGGACCUGUUUGUGGCUGCCAACCGGCUUCAGGUGAUGCCGCUUCAGGACCUGUGUUCCAGGUUUCUGUUUGAGCACCUCUCGGUUGAUAACUGCCUGGGGAUGUACUCUCUGGCUCGCUCUCACCACGAUCAGCUGCUGCUUCGUGCUUCCCUGCGGCUGGUGGCCCAGCACUUCCCCCGGGUUGCCCGGCAGAAAGACUUCCUCCUCCUUGAUCACGGCACCUUAGGCAGCCUCCUGAGCUCAGACCGCCUGGGGGUGGACUCCGAGGCGGAGGUUUAUGACGCAGCGCGCCGCUGGGCCGAGCAUCAGCCUUUGGACCGCUAUGCGCACAUGCCAGCGCUGCUUCACCACCUGCGGCCGGGGCUGCUGUCCCAGGAGGAGAGCCGAAGACUGAGCCAGGAGCUGGGGCCGGCGGCAGCUGGCGAGGGCCUCGGGGGGCCUCUGAGACCUCGGGAGGGGAUGUUUGAGAAAAAGAUCGUCUGUGUGGACCUGACGCCUCGGGAAGACGAGAAUUUAGCCACGAGAGACUACACAGUGGACUGCUUCGAUCCUCGGACAGGGAAGUGGGAGAAGUUGGCGGCGCUAGGAUCACUUGUGAGUCCUGGUUGCACUGCGGUCGGUGACAGGCUGUUUGUAGCUGGUGGGAUCCUGCGGACGGGCUCCGUGUCUGCAGCCGUGCAUGAAUACGAUGCAGUGUUGGACCGCUGGGUAGAGCGGCCGUCGAUGGUCCAGCCCAGGGCUAUGCUCGGCCUGCUGGGCUGCGGGGAGUCGCUCUUUGCCUUGGGUGGCAGCAACCGCUCGGCUCUGCUGGACUCCAGUGAGACCCUGGAGCUGACUACGCUGCAGUGGGCUCCGGGGCCUCGGCUACCGCUCCCACUUCGCGCUUUUGCCUGCGCGGCGUUACGUGGACGACUUUACCUUCUGGGUGGAACCACGCUAGAACAGAACCGGGCCGUGGUCCACUCAGGCGUGCUUAUUUAUCACACCCUCACAGACUGCUGGACACGUGUGGCACUGGACUCUGGCGCCACCUGCCUCGCCGGAGGAGUAGCAGUGCGAGGGGGAGUCUGUGCAAUUGGGGGAUACAUGAGGGACACCACCAAGUUCCUGGAUGGAAACUACACUAAUCUGGAGACCUUAGACGCCACUGGGCGCGUCCUGUUUUUCAGAGAGGGCAGGGGGUCCGGGGUGGAGAGGGAGGUGACUGGGGGCGGGGUGAUGGUCACUGCAGAGCAGCGAGGGGGUGCGGGGGGUGGGAGCGACCGAGCCCCGAGCCCUGUGGUGUUUCCCGGGCUGCCUCGGCGGAUAGCUGCCGGCGGUGUGGCCCGAUGGAAAAGGAGGAUUUACGUGCUGGGUGGGGAAAACGGUUCGCGGUUCUACGACAGCGUGUACUGUUGGAAGCCCGGCUGGCGCAGCUGGGUCCAGAGACGCGAAAAACUCCCCGGGGACACUGGAGGAGUGAGCCAGUUUGGGUGUACCACUUUAAAAUUCCCUAAGAAACACAUCCUGUCCAGACUGAGACUAGCCAAAGAAAACUGCAAGAAAGCCGCUGAUUAGCUUGACAGGGACCAGUAUGAAGUGAAGUCGAGGCAGCCGGUCACGUGACGCCGAGAUGAGAUGCGUCAGUGUUGAGAUGAAGUCACGAGGAAGAGGCCAUCGGAGCCAAAAACUGGUUAAAAACAGGCAACAUGCACCUGAAUGUAACCUAAUCCACGAGCUGUCAGAGCAGUAGAGUCCUUUGAGAAAGAAAAGGGGCCUUUUUAAUCGUUUUCUCACAGCGUAACAUCGUCAGGUUUCUGCUGGUGUAAUAUUUUUUCAGGCUUUUUAAGAAUCAUUUCAACGCUGUGAAGGUUUCAGCAGUUUAGACGGAAGGAUACCUGCACAUUUCUGACGAGGCUGUUUUUCACUCUUACUGAUUUGGCCGUUCAAGACGAUUCGUUCUGGUUUUUCAUUCGGACAUAAUCUUGGCUUCUUGGUCGCAGCUCAGUUA